AUGAUCAUCAACGUCUCCUUCAAAAACCAACUCCACGCGAUUCGCCUUCCAAAACGCGAAAAAGAGAAUGAAUCUACUGUAACUGUUCUCGAUUUGAGCGAAGCCGUGCUCGAGCAGUUGUUCAAACAAGAACUGCUCUUGGAUAGAAAGACGAUGAAAUUCGUCGGCCUUCACCCGAAAGGGAUGCCUUUGCAACCGUUCGUGAACCCGGAAACGGACGGGAACAUCAUUCUGGAUGAUACGUUUCCGUCGAUAAAAAAGGGGAAAAAAGUUUUACUCCUGGCAUCAGAAGUCGCAGAUGUGGAGAAGAUGAAACGAGACGAAAAAGUGGACGUGCGCGUGCGAGGAUUCGAGGACGAGAUGAAACGAGAGAAAAGGAGAGACGUGAGAUAUUUGAGCAGGACGAACAAAGACGCCUACGCGCGAGCGCACGAUACGUCUUCGAAUACGUAUACGUUUCAAAGCUUGAGAGUUUUAGCGGUACCCGAGGGUAUGGUUGAACCGUCGCGGGAGAAAACGAUGCACCUUUUGGAGCGACUGAAACGAGAUCCCGGGGUUGUUCGCGUGAUGGAGACGAAACGAUUCCAAGUCGGUCUGCUUUGCGAGAUGCCCCCCGAAGGUUUGGUUGGCAUUUCGGAGACGUGCGUGUUAGGGUUCAAUAGGAAUAAUGGGAUGGAAAUUCAUUUGAGGUUACGAACGGAUGAUUGGAGUGGGCUGAGACGAUACGAAUCGAUCAGGAGAGUGUUGAUGCACGAGUUGGCGCAUAACGUCAUUUCCGAGCACAACGCGGAAUUCAAGGCACUGAACAGCGAGUUGGUGCAAUUAUGCGAGAGAGAUUGGAAUCGAGGACGGCGAGUCGGAGGGAGUGGAAAGACGCACGGAAACGAAGACGACGGGUACGACUCUUUGAGUGAAGACGAGUGCAUGAAAGAAACGAGAAAAUUGAGCGGGAUGAAGUUAGGAGGUGUUGGAGCGAAUGUUGGAAACGAUCCUCGAGAAAUGGCCGCGAGGAAAGCGUUAGAACGAUUCGAGCAGCAACAACAGCGGCAUCUAAAUAUUAAUAGCGACGAUAGAGAAAUGUCUAAGAUGUGUUCAUGCGGCGCGUGUGACGACGACGGCGAAGUCAAGUGUCAACCGUGUUAG